UACUUUAUAAUUCAUGAAAAUUGAAAUUUUAAUUUUGAGUUUAAGAGAUUUAAUAUGAUACUAAAAGGGGGUUUGUUUAUUUGUGAUUUAGUUCUUUACUUUUUUUCAAUUCUGAUUUCUUUCUCCUGAUUAAAUUAUGCUAAUAUUUUUAAAGUUACUGUUUCUUUUUUCAUAAUGUUUUGUCACGAUUUCUACCGUAUUUUGUCACGGUUUCUUCACUAUCGUUAUUUCUUUUUUCGGCCUGGUUUGAUAUGCUUAUUUUUUUAGCCGAGGGUGUAUUGGAAACAACCUCUGAUCUGCGUACACUCUAUCCUCCUCCGCAGAUCCCAGUUGUUGUUGUUGUUUGUUAUCUUAAAGUACUCUGUUGUGAGCUCAUCAAGUACUUUGCUUGUGAGUAAUAGUAGGUUGUGUGGUAGAUUAGUUGAGGAACAUGCAGGCUGUCAGUCAAAAUUGAACUUGUUUUUUCAGGGAAACAAUGGAAGAGAACCUAUUUUUUUUUAAAAAAAAAAACUAAAUCAAAAUUAGGUUUGCUCUAUUGAGUAAUGAAGAAUUUGUUAGGAAGAGAAAGGAAGCUAAGUGUGUUAAGUAAAAGGAAAAAUAUUUUCUAGGAAAUAUUUUUCAUUAAGAAAUCAUUAACAGUGGUUGCUUCGAAUUUCAAAAUAUAUUUUCUCCAGGAAAUUUUUUUCCAACAAUAAGGAUACAUGACUUUCUUCACUUAUGAGUGGAAGUCAUUUUUUCCUAGCUUGUGCAGUUACAAUGUGUUACCUACUUAAUACAAACCAACUAAGGUUGAAAAUUAUUAUCUAAGGUGGAAAAUCAUAACACCUUUUAAGGUUGUUUAUAUCCUAUGUUGGUUGGACCCUCCAAAAGUGUUGCCGCAUCCUGUCGGAUCCUCCAAAAAUGCAUAGCUUUUGGAGGAUCCGGCGCACACCUGACAGUAUUUUUGAAGAGUCCGAGCAACAUAGUUUAUAUCUAAAUUCCACCUGUUCUAUGGAGUUCAAGAACAAAAUGGCUAUUCCUUGUUUGUCCUUACUGCAAAAGGGGGAAAGCAACUGAGCAAAAACAGCAGUGCUCCCUAAACAGUGGGCAACAUGGCAGAAGCAUUCAUCGAAGUUUUAUUACAAAAUCUAAGCUCUUUUAUCCAAAAGGAGCUUGGAUUGCUCUAUGGCGUCGAUGAAGAAUUAAGAAAGCUUUCAAGCUUGCUAUCGACAAUCAAGGCUGUCCUCCAGGAUGCUGAUCAGGAACAACUGAAAGAAAAGGCAAUAAGAAACUGGUUGCAGAAGCUAAACAGUGCUACUUAUGAAGUUGAUGAUGUCUUGGAUGAAUGUGCAGCGAAAGCCAUCAGAUUGCAGGAAAAUGCCCGAAGGAUUGGAUGUAUUUCCAUGCCAUCUGGUUUUUCUUUUGAGAAUAUUUUGUUUCGUCGUCAGAUAGGGCAAAAGGUUAAAGAUGCCAUCAGGAAACUAGAUGGAAUUGCUGAGGAACGUAUUAAAUUCCAUUUGUCUAAAGUUGCGACCGCGAAGAAACAAUCCACAACAGACGAAGUACGUGAAACUGGCUUUGUUUUAACUCCGGCAGAAGUCUAUGGAAGGGACGAUGACAAAAGGAAGAUUGUUGAAAUCUUAAUGAAGCAUGUGGAUGAUUUUCGAGAGCUUUUGGUUCUCCCUAUAGUUGGAAUGGGGGGUCUUGGAAAGACGACUCUUGUUCAAUUAAUUUUCAAUGAUGUGUGGGUACACGAACAUUUCGAUUUGAAAAUUUGGGUUUGUGUGUCAUAUAAUUUUGAUGAGAAGAGGGUGAUAAGAGCAAUCCUCGAAGCCAUAGUUGGGAAAGAUAUAAAUGUUUCUGAGUUAGCUUCUUUACAAAGUCACCUCAUAACCUUGUUGAGAGGGAAAAGAUAUUUACUCAUUUUGGAUGAUGUUUGGAAUGAAGAUCAAGAGAAGUGGGAUAAAUUAAAAGCCUUACUAACAAUUGGAUCUAGAGGUACUUCAGUUAUUACCACUACUCGCCUAGAAAAGGUUGCUUCAAUUAUGGGAACAGUACAGCCACAUCGUUUAUCCUGCUUGUCCGCGCACGACUGUUGGUUGUUGUUCAAGCAACGUGCAUUUGGCCUAGAUAGAAAACAGAGCCCCAAACUUGUUGAUAUUGGAAAAGAGAUUGUAAGAAGAUGUUGUGGGCUGCCUUUGGCUGCUAAAACUCUAGGAAGUCUUUUGCGCUAUAAGAGUGAUGAAAAAGAAUGGUUGUUUGUCAGAGAUAGUGAUUUUUGGAAUUUGCCACAAGAAGAAAGUUCAAUCUUGCCUGCUCUAAGGUUGAGCUAUUUUCACCUUCCUCAAGAUUUGAGAAACUGUUUUGCUUAUUGUGCUAUAUAUGAGAAGGACUCCAAAAUUGACAAAGAAGAGCUAAUUUAUUUCUGGAUGGCAAACGGAUUUAUCUCAUCCGAGGGAAAUUUGGAACCUGAGGAUAGGGGUAAUGAAGUAUGGAAUGAAUUAUACUGGAGAUCUUUGUUCCAAGAAGUUCAACAAAAUUCAGAUGGGAGGAUGUUGUUUAAGAUACACGACCUUGUUCAUGACCUGGCCCAAUCUGUAAUGGAUGAUGGAAUUCAUCCAACAAAACUUGAAGGAUGGGAAAAGAUAUCGGUGAGCAGAAUUCGCCAUGCAACAAUACAUGCAGAAGAUAAGUCAUUUCUUGCUUUUCCUAAAAGUACUAUGCCUUACAACCCUUCAACAAUCACAAUGUAUGGUUCUUUAAGGGUGUUGAUUUUUUGCUCUGUUCAGUUAAAGGAAUUGCCAUCUGCAAUCGGAAAUCUAAUACAUUUAAGGUAUUUGGACCUUUUCAGUACAUGUAUUGAGAGUCUUCCUCACAGUAUAUGUUCUCUUCAGAACUUGCAGAUGCUAAGUGUAGAAGAUUGUUGCUUACUUCGUGUUUUACCAAAAGAUCUGAAAUAUCUGAGAAAUCUUCGACAUCUUCGGCUAAGAGGCUGUCCAUUGAGUCACAUGCCUCCUAAUAUAGGACAAUUGACACACCUCAAGACUUUAAACAAGUUUGUUGUGGGGAAGAAAAGUUGUUCCAAGCUUAGUGAAUUGCGAGACUUGAAUCUUCAGGGAGAACUAGUUAUUGAACACCUUGAGAGGGUUGAAAAUCAUAUGGAGGCGAAAGAAGCUCUAAGUUCAAAGAAAAACCUCCAAAGUUUAGCUCUGUACUGGAACCAUUCCAAUGGGUGUGAGUCAUCAAAGGAUGUUGAUCUGCAGGUGCUCGAAGCGCUAGUGCCUCAUUCCAACCUUCAGCAUUUGAAGGUAUCCGGUUUCAGAAGUACAUCCUUGGCAAGUUGGAUGAGGGCUUCAGUUUUGGAAACCAUCAUUACCAUUGAUCUUCAUGAUUGUAAAUACUGCUCGCAUCUCUCUCCACUAGCUCAGCUUCCUUGUUUGAAAUUUCUUUCACUGAGGGGAAGUCAUGCGGAGUACAUUGACAGUGACCGUGAAAGCGGAAUAUCCCGAUUAAGAAAGUUCCCAUCCUUGGAAUCACUCGAGAUGUGCAACCUCCCGAAUUUAAAAGGAGUUUCAAUCGAAGAAGGUGAAGAACAUUUUCCAAGUCUUCAUGAAAUAUGGAUCGAAGAUUGCCCUUUGCUGACAUUUCCGCGUCUUCUAUCACUCAGAAAAUUGAGAAAUAGGAAAUGCUCAAACAUGACUCUAGCCUCUAUCCCUAAUCUUUGCAGUCUUACUUGCUUAGAAAUUGCUUACAACAAGGAACUAACUUCUUUCCCUGAAGAGGUGCUAACAAACCUCACCAACCUUGAAAUAUUGUCGAUAGGGGGUUUCACAAAGCUGGAAGUACUGCCGAACAGCCUGGCAAGCCUCAUUGCAUUGAAGUCCUUGCAUAUUGGUUACUGCAACCAACUAGAGUCUCUACCAGAGCAGGGAUUGCAAGGCCUCACCUCAGUCCGUAAAUUGUCAAUCAACUGCUCUGAUAGAUUGAGAUAUCUGUCUAGAGGAUUCCGGCACCUAGCUUCCUUGGAGGAACUGGAAAUUUUUGGGUGUCCAAAGUUGAUUUCUUUUCCACACGAGAUUAAACACCUGAAUUCCCUUCAUCGUGUUCACCUUGAUGGCCUGCCAAUGUUCCAAUCGCGAGAUGACAGCCUGCCAAUGUUCCAAUCUCGAGAUGACACUAUUCCUCAGGCUUUGUGGCAAUUGCCUGAGGAUUUACGAAAUGUCCAGAAUCUGCAAUCACUUUCUGUAUGUAGAUUCCCAAGUUUGAUUUUAUUGCCCGAGUGGUUAGGAGAACUUACGUCUCUCAAGGAACUGAACAUAUUACAGUGUGAUAAUCUUGCCUCACUGCCAGAGUGUAUGGAGAGAAUGAACCUUCAGUCCUUGAACAUUUUGGGUUGUGCAAUAUUGGAGAAGCGUUGCGAGCCAGGACAAGGAGAAGACUGGUAUAAGAUUGCGCACAUUCCAAAAGUGAAAGUCAGUCAGCAUUGUGCUCUUGUUGGUUUCAAGUUGUCAUUAGACAAGUUCAUUGGUCUAGGGCAAUUUCACUUAUAGAAGGCAUCAUCAGCUGAUGCAAUCAAGACUAAAUUUAGUGGAGAUGGCUAGAAGCUAACAGUGACAAAAGCUUUCAACUUUAAUGGUUUUGGUGUUAUGUGAAUGAAAUGAUUAUCAUGCAAACUGUUUUCACUCCUAAAGACCAACUUUUUCAGAUAUGACUACAAGUUGCUGCCACAGAACAACUUUUCAUCAAGAAGAAAAAUGCUGCUCCACAGAAAGAUCAACUGCUCAUGCUCAAAUUUCAUCUCUGUCAAAUUUGAAUAUUAAAAUAGUGUAUAUGGUCAUGAUUUAAUAGGUCAGGUCCACUUACUUUGUCUUAUGUUGAUCUGAAAUGAAGAAAAUGCUACAAUUAUGGACAUCCCAGUGGACCCCCUCGAUUUUUCUAGAGAGAAGAAAUACGAAUUGCUUUAACUUCCUAGCACUAAAGUUUGUUUUACUUCUUUCUUGAAUCUGUACUGCUUGAACUGCUAUUGGACUCCCUUUUAGCCUCAUCUGAUCCUCCAUUUUGUUUCUCAUCAGUCCCUAAAGUUUCUGGAAUCAAAGGAUGAUGACUGUAGUAAGAAUAUGGUUGUCCUGAAAUGCAGCUUCCAGGUGCAAUAUAUCUAUAGGAAGAAGGGUGAGGAAAUGGCGCAAACGCAUUAGGUUGAGGCCAAUAUACUAAAGGCAUGACAGAAUUUGGUGGAUACAUUGGGAAAACAGGAUAUGAACAUUGGUUAUGGUAGAGAAUAUUGGAUGCGGUAUUAGCCAUUACAGGCCUUGUCAUAUCUACUGGUGCUUGCGUCACUGGACUUGGAGACGAGGCGUAGCCCAUUAAUCCGAACGGUGCAGGAGAUGGGGCAGAACAUGAAGGUUCAGGAUGUAUAGUUGUAACUUUCUCUGAAGUUUUGGUCUUAUAGAUUGCUUCUCUCUUGAUUUUCAUUUUCGUCAAUGCUUUUUUCCCUUGCUCAGAAUUGGGACUAAUAUCCUGGAAGAACAUGAAUAUUGUGUUAGUCUAAACUGUGAAAGUUAAACUCGAAA